AUGGGGGAUGCGGCGGAAACCAAGGAGACCAAAAGGACAUUCAUCGUCCCGACCAUCAAAUCUUUUGAUCACUACGACUUUUCAAGGGCUAAAAUAUCAUGUAGUUUGACGUGGCUGGUCGCCAAAGCCUUUGGCUCAGACAGCGUUCCGGAGGAGCUGGAGGAGCCGUUCUAUAGAGACCAGUACGACCAGGAGCAUCUGAAACCUCCCGUGGCCUCGCUGCUCCUCUCGGCCGAACUGUACUGCCGCGCUGGGAGUCUCAUCCUGCGGAGCGACGCCGUUAAACCGUUACUGGGACACAACGCCGUCAUCCAGGCCCUCGCACAGAAGGGCCUGUAUGUGACCGACCAGGAGAGACUGGUCACAGAGAGAGACCUGUGUAAGACGCCCAUACAGAUGAGUUCCCACUUGGCCAUGAUUGACACGUUGAUGAUGGCGUACACCGUGGAGAUGGUGAGUGUGGAGAGGAUGCUGACCUGUGUGCAGAAAUACUGCCCUACCUUUCCAGAGGAAGACUUUCCCUACGACGCAGAGGAGGCUGUGAUCACCUGGAUUAACAAGGUAAAUGAACACCUGAGAGACAUCCUGGCUCAGGAGCAGAGAGUGAGAGAAACACAUGGGCCUGACUCCACUGCAGGGCCGAGGUCUCGGUGCAGGAGGGAGGACGCCAAAGUUCGGUCGGCUCACUGUCUCCCCCUGGUGGACAACCUGUUGAAGGACAACACAGACGGCUGUGCCCUGGCUGCUCUUCUUCAUUUCUACUGUCCAGAAUCCAUCAGACUGGAAGAUAUCUGUCUGAAGGAGACGAUGUCAUUGGCUGACAGUCUGUAUAACCUGCAGCUGAUUCAGGAGUUCUGCAGAGACAACCUCAACGGCUGCUGUCACUUUUCCCUGGAGGACAUGCUGUAUGCCUCUUCCUCCAUCAAGAGUAACUACAUGGUGUUUCUGGCAGAACUGUUUUGGUGGUGUGAAGUAGUGAAACCCUCUUUUGUGCAACCUCGAACCCUUAAUACCAAAGCCCCAGAACCAACUCAAGGAACCACCAAAAUGGCUCCCAUAACCAAACCACACUUGAUAGAGAGCCCAAGCAGUCCAGAGCAAAGCAGGUCAGAACUAUCUGCUUUAAACUCACUAGUGAUGAAAAGAUCGUCCUCCAUGUCCUAUGUGGAUGGCUGUGUGGGAACAUGGCCCAAAGAGAAAAGGUCUUCUGCCCACGGCAUAUCCUUUGAGAUUCCCUUUGACGAGGUGGUUCCAUCUCAGGCCUCUACUGGUCGGCCCAUGACCCGGUCAGUCAGUACAGAGGGGCUGGGCUUUAAAGUCCACCACACUGGGCGUGGCAUGCGCCGAAACCUGUCCUUCCAGCCCGUGAAUGGACAAAAGUCACAUGUUGGAAUUCAGGAGGAAGAGGACUCCGAGGCUACAAACUCUGCCCGACGACCGGGUAGACCGCGUCUCAGAAACGAGACCAGGUAUUCCAAUGGUGUUAUCCCAGAUGAUUCCGUCUCCCAGCCGUCUACACCUACCAUGGAAGAAGCCCUGAAGAUUAUCCACGAUUCAGAGCGGCCACACGGCAGCCUGCCGCCCGUUUCCGGGGGCAACGGCUUCUUCCUGCACGGACCAGACCAGCCGGACGACUCCCUCUCUAAAGCACGAGGGAAUGACGACGCGGAUCUCAAUUCCACUUCCACAGAGAUGGACACUGGGAUACACGUUCGUACCGAGGACAUCCAGGAUGGCCAGGAUGAGGAUUCCUCUCUGAAGGAUUAUUCUGACAUGGACCAGGACUUCGAGGCCAGGUCAUGCCCCCUCCCAGAGAUGGGCAGCCCUUCAACAAGCCUGCUAGGGGCUCGGUCACUAGGGGGCAGCGUUGCCUCAUCUUUGGGCUCCUCUGUUCGUAUGACAAGCUUUGCCGAGCAGAAGUUCCGGAAGCUUCAUCACGUAGAAGGACGUAGUAGUGGCAGCAGCAGCGGGGGAGGAGGAGGCUCCGCCACGCCCGAGGCCUUGGAUACGAGCACUCCGCAAGGAGCAGCUCGUCCUGUCACCCCCGGCAACCCAAGCCCCAUCCGCCAAACUUCUCCCCGAGAUCACACCCAUCUGCUGGCGUCAGAGAUGGUGCAACUGAAGAUGAAGCUGGAGGAGAAACGGCGAGCUAUCGAGGCGCAGAAGAAAAAAGUGGAAGCGGCUUUCACGCGACACCGUCAGAGGAUGGGCCGCACCGCCUUCCUUAAUGUGGUCAGGCGGAAAGGUGGAGCCUCCUCACCACUAGGGGGCGACGGUUGGAGUCCUGACGGCGGAGAAAAGUCGUCAACCAGCAUCCAACCGGCGAAGGCCUCAAACGAAGGUAAAGAUGCUGGUCUGGAGAGGUGUAAACCCGAUGGCGCACCUCCAAAGUCUCCGGUGGAGGACCUCGGAGGAGGUGGUGGCGAGGUAGACCUGGGGGAGUACACGAGGUCCAUAGAGUGUCUGAACAGGUCACUCAGCUUCCUGCAGACUGAGAUGCAGCGACUGGCGCAGCAGCAGGAAGUCAUCAUGCAGAUGCGUGACAACCCCGCCUGGGUGAUUCCGCCUCCCGCCCCGCUGCAACAGCCGUCGCCGCGGAAACAGCUGAGGGAGUUCCGCAGCAGCAGCGUGGUCGGCCGCAGUUCGGUGGGGUCCCUCUCGCCCAUCCUGUCGUCCGGGGGUUCGCCGCGUGCCCCCCACCGCUCCCCCAGCGCCAUCAAGAGGAAAUCGGCGUCCUUCCAUGUCAGGACCCCCCGGACACCUCGUCCCAGCGAGCUGAAGAUCACCCCUUUCAGCCGCAUGCUGAACACUCCGCAGUCCGUGGACAGUCUCCCAAGGCUGAGACGGUUUUCACCCAGUCAGACCCAAACCAGUUCGUCCGCGUAUCUGGGCCACGACUCCAGACCGACGAGCCAAGAGGAACAGACUGGCAAGAGUAAGCAGAACCACCCGGAGGAGACCAAAAACUCCAAAGGCUCAGAAUCUGAUCCAGAGAAGAAUGUUCCUAAAACUCUGCACAGUCAAGGUAAGGAGAAACAAGACAAGAAAGACGAGAUGAAAGACGGAGGCACCGUUGAAGGGAAGGCCACAGCGGAAGUCAAAGCUACAACGUCAUCCAUGCAACCACAGGUGCUGUCUCAGCCUGUUACAAAAGGUUCUACAGUACCAGUGACGGCUCAUGCCAGGGAGGGUCCAAGCCAGGCCAGCAGAGAUCUGAUUGAGGUCCCAUUGUCCGGCCUGAAGGCUGUGGACGGUAAAGGCGAGGACUCCGGCGGAGAUGGGGAUGCAGCCGGGGGAACACAUGACUCUGACCAAAAAAUGUGCUGUGGAUUCUUCUACAGGGAUGAUGUGAAGGCAGAGGAAGACAUUGCGCAGAAGAGGGCAGCAUUGCUGGAGAAGAGACUGAGGAGAGAGAGAGAAAUGCAGCAGAAAAAACAGCAGCAGGAGGCCGAGCUGGAGCAGAAGAAGGAAACGGCCAGGUUAAAAGCAGAGGAGGAUCGUCAGAAGAAGGAGGAGGAGAAAGCCAGACGAGAUUUUAUCAAAAACGAGCACUUGAGAAGGAAACAGCUUAAACUGAUGGAGGAUAUGGACAGUGUGAUUAAGGCCCGCUCCGAUAGCAUCAAACAGAAGAAACCACGCCCCAAAUCUAUGCACAGAGAUAUCAUGGAAUCCCCCAAACCUCCAGCCAAAAAUACUACAGGGUCACGACCUCGUGGGUACUCGGUGUCUAGCCUGUCUCUAGCGUCACUCAACCUGGCAGACAACGAGAGCGUCCAAUCAGACAGGAGGACACCCAGAGGCAGUAAGCUGUCCUCUGGCGGUCUGUCUUUCUUUUUAAGCUCUCCUAAAGUGAGAAAGGGAAGACCGGACUCUGCGGAGGGAUAUCUCUCUCCCUGUCCUUCCGUGAGCCGGAACGGGGAAAACUGGGAAAACGAAUCUACAACAUCAUCAGCAGCUUCCAACACUGAAUACACAGGACCAAAACUGUACAAAGAGCCUAGCGCUAAGUCUAACAAAUACAUCAUCCAGAACGCCUUGGCACACUGCUGCCUGGCAGGGAAAGUCAACGAGGGUCAGAAGAACAAGAUUCUUGAGGAAAUGGAGAAGACUGAUUCGAAUAACUUCCUCAUAUUGUUCCGGGAUGCGGGUUGUCAGUUCCGGUCCGUGUACACGUACUGUCCCGAGACAGAGGAGAUUGUCAAGCUGGUCGGGAUCGGGCCCAAAACCAUCACGCUCAAAAUGAUCGAGAAACUCUACAAAUACAACUCGGACAGGAAGCAGUUCAGCCACAUUCCCGCCAAGACCAUGUCCGCCAGCGUGGACGCCAUCACGAUAUACAGCCACCUCUGGCACACCAAAAAACAAAGCACUCCCAAAAAACUCCUGAAAUGA